AUGAUUAUGAUGAUGAGCCGUGUGAUGUGUGUGUUGGCCGUUGUGCUGUGCUGCGCCUGUGGAAGUGCGAUUGCUCAAACUCUAGCUGAUGCUCCUCAACGUCAUGAUGUGAGGGAUAUGUAUGGUAGUAGUUUCGAAGGUUUUCCUUUUCCGGAUAGGCCAAAAAGUACAACGAGUUCAUCAUCAUCGAGUUCUACAAGUUCACUAUCUGAAGAUCAACUCGACCAGAAAGCACUGGUAUCCACAGAAGACCCCAGAAGUCCAGGUGUACCGGAUGGCUCCGACCUCAGCAGAGCACAACUUCCGACUGAAAUCCACAACACCGAUUCGCAUGAAGAUGCUAAUUUACUAAGAGAACAAAUGGAUAAAAAAACA